CUGUUGGCUUUCUGACAGUUUCCAGUGUCAUUACCAUGUCAGCCCCUUUCUUUCUGGGUAAAGUUAUUGACGUUAUUUAUACAAAUCCCAGUGAAGAUUUCACUGACAGCCUGACCAGCCUAUGUGCCUUGCUGAGUGGAAUCUUUUUAUGUGGUGCUGCUGCUAAUGCUACUCGUGUCUACCUCAUGCAGACUGCAGGACAAAGAAUUGUGAAACGUUUGAGAACAACCAUGUUCUCCUCUAUUCUGAAGCAAGAAACCGCUUUCUUUGACAAGACCAGAACAGGAGAGCUGAUAAACCGCUUAUCUUCAGAUACAGCCCUCUUGGGCCGUUCAGUGACUGAAAACCUUUCAGAUGGGCUCAGGGCAGGAGCACAGGCAUCCGUGGGGGUUGGAAUGAUGUUUUUUGUGUCACCUAGCCUUGCUGCAUUUGUUCUGAGUGUUGUGCCACCCUUGGCUGUCCUGGCUGUGAUUUAUGGAAGAUACUUGCGAAAACUUACUAAAAUGACCCAAGAUUCUCUUGCAGAAGCAACACAGUUAGCUGAAGAGCGUAUUGGAAACAUAAGAACAGUUCGAGCUUUUGGGCAAGAAGUGGCUGAAAUGGAGAAGUAUACAAAUAAAGUUGAUUAUGUGCUACAGCUGGCCAAAAAAGAGGCACUAGCUCGGGCAGGCUUCUUUGGAGCAACUGGCCUUUCUGGAAACUUAAUUGUCCUCUCAGUCUUAUACAAAGGAGGAUUACUAAUGGGCAAUGCCUACAUGACAGUUGGUGAACUCUCAUCUUUCCUAAUGUAUGCUUUCUGGGUUGGAAUAAGCAUUGGAGGUCUAAGUUCCUUUUAUUCCGAGCUAAUGAAAGGACUAGGUGCCGGUGGACGUCUGUGGGAACUUAUUGAAAGGAAGCCCCAACUUCCAUUUAAUGAGGGAAUCACAUUAGGCAAAGACACAUUCAGAGGUGCUUUGGAAUUCAAGGAUGUUGAGUUUGCAUAUCCAACACGUCCAGAAACAUCCAUUUUCAAAGAUUUUAGCCUUUCCAUUCCAGCUGGCUCUGUUAUGGCUCUGGUUGGCCCAAGUGGUACAGGGAAAUCAACUAUUGUAUCCCUUCUGCUGCGGCUGUAUGAUCCUAUCUCAGGUACUAUCACUGUUGAUGGCUUUGAUAUCCGUCAGUUAAAUCCACUGUGGUUCAGGACAAAGGUUGGAACAGUGAGUCAGGAACCAAUUCUGUUCUCCUGUUCUAUUGCUGAAAACAUUGCUUAUGGUGCAGAGGAUCCUUCUACUGUGACCGCAGAGGAGAUUCAGAAAGUUGCUGAAAUAGCUAACGCUGCUAGUUUUAUCAGAGAUUUUCCAAAAGGGUUUGACACUGUAGUUGGAGAAAAAGGCAUUUUGCUUUCAGGUGGACAGAAGCAACGAAUUGCAAUUGCUCGAGCUCUGCUCAAGAAUCCUAAAAUUCUUCUGCUAGAUGAAGCAACAAGUGCUUUGGAUGCUGAAAAUGAGUAUCUAGUGCAAGAAGCUCUGGACCGGCUGAUGGAAGGAAGGACAGUCCUAAUUAUUGCUCAUCGUCUCUCUACUAUUCAGAAUGCUGAUUUUGUUGCAGUCCUUGGCCAGGGUAGAAUUCUUGAAUGUGGAAAACAUGAGGAACUACUUGCAAAUCCAAAUGGACUUUUCAGGAAACUAAUGCAGAAACAAGCUUUUCUUCAGAAUAGUGAUACUUUUGCAUUAGAUUUACAAUCCAGAGAAAAGGAUGUAUUAAAAGAAAAUGUAUGAGAGAGUGUAUCAAUAAUGGAAGUUUACAAACUACAAAGAAUAUAACUAAUGUUUCUGUUAUGUAAAGUAAAUGUUAUAUUUUUCCAAAAUGUACAAAAUAUUCUUUUGAAACUUAAAUGUGUUUAAACUUUUUAUUGAAAGCUUUUUAAUAAUUAUUGCAACUUUUUAAAAUGUCUAUCGCAGUGAGGUAAUUUCAGCGUAUAGAUUUUUCUGCUUUGUGUUAUGUUAAUUGAGACCAUUUAGAAUCUUGUUCUGUAUGGUGAUGUGCUGCAUUCUCAAGUAAGUUCAGUAUUUUAAGGGUAA